AUGCCCAGGCCGGGCAACAGCAAGGGCAUGCUUUUCGGCGCCGAGUGGCCCGUGCUUCUGCUGCACGGCCUCAACAUCUUCCUCUGCCUGGGCAUCGCCGUGGCCAUCGUCUGGCGGUCCGAGGGCUCCCCCGUCUUCGGCUUCGCCUACCUCUUCACGGCCGUCAUCCUGUGGAUGAAGCUAAUCUCAUACGCCCACUGCAACCGCGACCUCCGCCUGGCCUGGCGAGAGAAGGCCCUCGCGGCCAAGAGAAAGGGGGCCGAUGGAGGGGGGGAAGGGGUGGGUGAGGGAGGGGACCCUGCGGCGGCGGCGGAGCGGUGGAGGGGGGGGGGCACCGGCGGGUGGAGCGUGGAGGGGUUCUCGGACGGAGGGCAGCAGCAGCAGCAGAGUCAACCCAGCAGACGAACGAACGGCGACGUCGACACGGCAACCAUUACUCACUACCCGGAAAACAUCGGCCUCCUGAGCCUGCUCUACUUCUGGUUUGCACCAACAUUAUGCUACCAGCCGGACUACCCCAGGUCCGCAGAGCGCCGUUACCGGUAUAUCCUGUCCCUCGUUGUGAGGCUCGUCAUCGUGGGGGGCGCCAUGAGCUUGAUCGCCGACCAGUACAUGCUGCCCACCGUGCACGAGUGGUACGACUCCGACCCCGCCGCCAACAUCCUGGUCUCGAUCGAGCGGCUGCUGACUCUCGCCGUCCCGAACACCUACGUCUGGCUGCUGGGUUUCUACGCCUUCUUCCACCUCACCCUCAACCUCUUGGCCGAGGUGUUGAGGUUCGGUGACCGACUCUUUUACCGGGACUGGUGGAACGCCAAUACCAUCGGGUCGUACUGGCGACUGUGGAACCUUCCGGUGCACUACUGGAUGAUUCGUCACAUUUACUUUCCUUCUCUGCGCGCGGGGCUGAGCAAGAGCAUGGCCUCGGGGCUGUGCUUCUUGCUCUCUGCGGUGCUCCACGAGCUCCUGGUCUCGGUGCCCUUUCACAUGGUGAAGUUUUACGCGUUCUUCGGCAUGAUCGGGAACGCUCCGUUGGUUCCGUUGACCAGCAUGCUGAACGAUACUUUUGGCGACGAUCAGCAGGCUGGGAACUGGCUCUUCUGGUUGCUUUUCUGCGUGGUGGGGCAGCCCAUGUCCCUGCUCUGCUACUACAGAGACUACUGCAGCCAGCACGAGUGCUCCAACCCGCUCAUGAGCUGACAAGCUUCCGCAAUCUACAGCAGCCUUGCGUGACGUGUCCAUCUCCGCGCGAGAGAAACGGUCGGCCGGGGUUGAGCCAGCGCGGCCUUGCACGUCGUCAACGGCUGACUAUUUUCUUGCCGCAGAUGCUCAACGUUGCUUGCGUUUCGGUGCUUUGUGCCUUGAGGUGGUCAUCCCGCCCGCCCCUUGCGUGCUGCGAGGUGCGCGGGCGCUUUGUUUUUUUUCUCGUGAGGUAUUCGCCGCUCUUUGGCGGCACUUUGUUUGCUCACGAGGUUAAAGUUAAUUUGUUGGUCCCGUUGUUCUGGUGCGAAGAACUGCGGCAGUUGUUGCUGAUCACGGGGUUUAUUUUUGUUGAUUCGGUUGGUUCUUGUGCGAAGAACAUGUCGCGCGAUAGGCGUGCGUGUGCUUGGUAUUCCUGAUAUUUUAUCACUUGUAAAGAUUGUUGUGGGGUGGGGUUUUGUCGUGCGAUAAGUCGCGCGAUUUCGUGUGUUAUGGAUUCCCGAGAGAUAACUGUGGUGAGGUAAGGCGAGGUCCGCCUUGCGGCGAGCCCGUGGCUUCACACCGGAGAUAGUUGCCGACACGUGCCAACGUCUCGCCCGUCCAUUGCGGGGGGGCAUGGGCGUUGUGGCUGCCAGGUUGGGGAAAGGCAAGGGGAGAUGGUCUCCCUUUUUUUCUCUGG